AUGGAUAACUUGGGCACUGAAGCUAAUGAAGUAAACUUGGAUGACGAUGAUUUUAUAUAUACUCCUCAAGUAUCAGAUGAGUUGAGGCCAAAAAAAGGACAAGAAUUUGACACAAUAGAUGAUGUUGUGACAUUCUAUAAUGCUUAUGCUAAAGCAGCUGGGUUUAGUGUAAGGUCUUGGACUACUCAGAAAGAGCCGGGAAGUUGUGAAAUAAGAAGGAAGGAGUAUGUUUGUUUUAAACAAGGAAAAUCUCUAAAAAUCGCGGAUGUUGGAAAGAAAAGACGUCGAGGAAGCUUAGCUGAGGAUUGUACUGCCAAAAUUGUUGUUUUAAAAUCAAACUCCGGAAAAUACAUUAUUACUGUUUUUAAUGAGGAGCACAACCACCCACUAUCAACACCAUCAAAGGUUCAUCUUUUAAGGUCCCAUCGUAACGUUUUAGCCGUAACAAAGUCUCUAACUAAACAGUUAUCCAUGGUGAAUAUACCUCAGCAUCAACAAUUCACUUUACUUGGAGUACAAUCUGGAGGUAUAGAAAAUAUUGGGUGCACUCAAAGAGAUUUGUAUAAUCAUGCAAGGGAUAUCCGUGCUGGUUUGAAGGGGCAUGAUGGUGAAAUGUUUUAG